AUGCACCUCUUCAAAAGGAAGUCGCCUUCGAAUCGCACUACUCAACAUUCCAUGCGCAGUGCCGAACAGCUGGCAGACCCCGCGUUUACUCCACCGGCCCCCGACUUGGACCGGCGCUUCUCACAAAUUGAGUACACGUACGACCCCGUCCCUGGUCCUGUACAAAAUCAACAGACCUUGAAUCGCUCUCAAAGCCAACGUACCACUUCGCGCGAUCGCCCGACCGUUAACAUUGUCGCCCCUGACGACUCGCAGCCUCGUCGCGGCAGAAAGGGCCUGUUCUCCUCCAGUAUUGAGCGCAGCGCCUCGGUCAAGGGCAAGACCUCUCAUUCCGCGCAACCUGUUUCACCCCGAGUUUCACAUCCACAGACCCUGAACGAAUCCGACGAGUUUCCCGAGCAUUAUUCCCAUUCCGAGGACCUCACACCUGUGACCGCGGGAUCUGCAGCUUCCCAAGAACAAUACAAACAAUCCCAACGAGGCCCCCGACCCUCUCAUCCUGCUCACUCCCAAGAUAGCUCUGAGUGGUCACAGCAGCGACCUGUGCAACCCCAACUUUACACCCAGCCGCCUCCACCGAUUCGGCGGUCAAACACCGACCCAUCCUUGCUCGAUCCAUACAUUCGCCCAUCACCGACCGAGAUUGUGCCCGAGUCACCGCGAUAUCCGGAGAAUCAUCGUCAGGGACAACAUUUUACUUCUCAGGAUCCGGUACUGUCCCAGACUGACGAGCUGCUUUCCCCGUUACCGUCUCAUAAUCCUGACGCCAUGCAGUCUUCCCCGCAGGCACCACAGGCCCAAGGUCAAUUUCUGUUGGACAAAACACCAUCGACAGGUUCGCAGGGUCGGAGUCGGCAGGGUAGCUUGUCGAACAACAUGCCUGAUCCCGGGCGGAGUACACCUACGAAUACACACCGCCGCGAGGGGUCCGAGGAAAUUGAUGUGCGGGCAUUGCUCCAGAAGCAUGAUGAGCUGCAGGCCAAGUAUUCCAAAGUGAAACGAUACUACUUUGAGAAAGAUGCGCAGGUUCAGCAUCUUCAAAACACGGUAGCCCACCAGCGAAUGGCGGUGUCGCGCACCGUCCUUGACGAUAAUGAAUAUUCGAACCGAUUUCAACGACUUGACGGAGCUAUCAAAGACCUUGCCUUUUCUGUGCGCAAAGACUGGCGCAGUAUACCAUCGUGGCUGAGCGGGAUGGUCACCGAUAAUGCUUUGUCAGUGGGCACAAAGGAGAUGACCGCGGUCGGACGGGCAGUGAUCAGCCGAUGGCUAGUAGAAGAGGUAUUCCAGAGAUACUUCCACCCAUCCUUGGAUGCAGCCUUCAGUGUGCAGCUAAAGAGUAUCGAAAUGAACCUGCGACGACAGCGACCGUCGUCCGACGAAGAUCGCGAUAAUGCAUCUGCCAGAAUUUCCUACUGGCGCCGGACAACCUUUGACGGAUUAACCGACUCUUUGACCGGACCCGAAGCUGACGAACACCGCGGACAGCUUGUCGAGCAUCUAAUCGUUGAACUCGCCGCAUUCCUGGGAUCGCAGUUAAAAGAGAGCGCGCAGCCAGGCCUGGAAGCCAGCGUGCGCAUGAUCAUCGAAAACUCCAUCAACAUUAUUGAGAAAAUCCCCCUCGAAGCCCGUGAUGUAUGCGUCGAUUACUUCCCACCGGGCAUCUCCCUUACCGAGCAAUACAUGAAAGUCGAAGGCCCACUACCACCACUAAGCCAACCGCCCCCACCGCCAGACCCAGAGCAACUCGACGAGCCCAGCGCAGACGGAGACGCGUCAACCGGAGUCACCGAGAAUGCCUCACCGUUGCACCACAAGCCCACGAAGAAGUCCUCCAUCUUUGGCGGGUUGAUAAGCCGCAAGCAAGCCCCCAAUGAGAUGGGUCGCCCGGCGCUAGGCCCCGGACCAACCGAAGAUAAGAACGAGGUCGACGCAACCCCGAACAACCCGCGUAUCCGCUUCGCAGCGUUUUUGGCUGUUGAGGUGCGUGGUAAGGGUCCUGCAACGGUGCUGGUCAAGUCACCCGUAUGGUUGGUGGAGUGA